AUGGAGCCAUUCCUCUUCACCUCAUCUCUGAGGGCCGCCUCUUCACUGAGUACUCGCCGUCAAUUCGUCCACCGAUCGAUUUGCGCGCCAUGCUUGCUGCACACGUCGACCGCGCAAAAAGCUACGCCAGUCGCACACCCUACUAUCCCCGGUCCUCCGCCAUCAGCCCCGCAAGCAGAUGUAUCAUUCCCAGAGACGAGAGUGGCCAGGAAGCGACAGCAAGCUGAAGUGCUGAAGAGAGCCCAGAAUACUAGCAUCGACCCAUCAAAGCCGGGAUCUGCAUUGCAGAAGCGUUUCUGGAAAAAUGUGUCAGUCAUGGAAAACGAGCAUGGGAGCUUGCAAGUCAUGCUGGAUGGCCGACCGGUGCGCACGGCGACGAGGCAGGUGCUCACUCUGCCAAAGUCCAAGAGAGCCCUUGCUGCAUCCAUUGCUCUGGAGUGGGACCAAUUGGUGUCUGCGCAACAAGCCUUGAAGCAGCACUACAUCCCGCUUACUUCUCUCACAUCGCGCGCCAUCGAUAUUGAGACUGCCGACAAGCAAGGCGAUACAAAGAUUCGAGAAAAUCUCGUGAAAAUGGCAAUGCGAUAUCUCAGCACAGACACUCUUCUCUGCUGGGCCCCAGAGCAGAACAGGCACGACCCCAUGGAGCAGAAGACGAAAGUGCCUCUGCGGCAGCGGCAAAAGAAUAUGGCAGAGCCCAUCAUUGCCUUCCUCACAACCCACAUAUUUCCCGGAGUCGACAUCGUACCCGUCCUGGCGGAAGACAGCAUCAUGCCCAUCUCCCAAUCCGAUACUACGAACGAAGUCAUUCGAAACUGGCUCAGCGGUCUCUCGGCAUGGGAUCUCGCUGCAAUAGAAAGAUGUAUCCUUGCAACCAAAAGUUUGCUCAUAGCCGCGAGGCUUCUGGUAGAGUGGAGUCACGAAUGGAAGCAUGUACACACCGCACCACAGAAGGAUAAAUUUGGCAUAGAAGAAGCGGCCGAGGCUGCCACAUUGGAAGUUCUGCAUCAAACGGAGCAAUGGGGAGAGGUCGAAGAUACCCAUGAUGUUGAGAAGGAAGAUUUGAGGAGGCAACUCGGUAGUGCCGUCCUGCUUGUGAGUUAG